GAAACGGAUAACUGAAAUUAGAAGCUCUUCUUCUUUCUGUUGCCAAUUCUCCUCCCUUCUCUCUUCUAAGUCUUUCCAUCAAAUGGCUCGUCUUGCAAAUUUAAACCAGAAGUUCACCGCCAUUCCCAACCUCCCAAAGCUUCAAAACACUCGUAAGAGACUCAAAAUUACUGGGUUUCUCAAGAAACAAACAGAUGUCUCUUCUCAUCAAAUCUCGUUGACAAGAAGAUUGGCUUUAACCAGCCUUGUCUCUGUUGCUCUGUUUGGCAACGCAUCCCUCGAGAUCGCUUCCGCUAAUGAGUACUGGCUCGACGGCCCUUUGCCCGUGCCUUCUGUUUACAACAACAUUGCGAACGAGAAAACAGGGACUCGGUCGUUUCUGAAGACGGGGAUAUACAUAGCUAACAUAGGAACAGAAGGAAGAAAAUACAGAUUGAAAAAGUAUGCAUUUGAUCUUCUAGCUAUGGCAGAUUUGAUUGGAAAAGAUACUUUGAAUUACGUCAGGAAGUAUCUGCGACUCAAAUCAACCUUUAUGUACUACGAUUUUGACAAUGUUAUCUCGGCCACAGAGGAAGGUGCGAAGCAGCCUCUCAUUGAUUUAGCAAACAGAUUAUUCGACAACUUCGAAAAGCUUGAAGAUGCAGCAAAGCAAAAGAAUCUGAGUGAAACUGAAGCCUACUAUCAACAGACAACACCAUUACUUCAAGAAGUCAUGGAUAGAAUGGCAUAAGUUUGAGCAAGUUUAUUGAACAGAAGAUUUUGAACGAUCUGCCUGCUUUUCCAUCAUUCUUAUGUCGUUCUUGUUCAUAAUUUGUUGCCAUUUUUCAUCUGUAUUUCAGUGCAGCUUAGUGAUGCGAAAUCCAGAAAAAACGGUGCAGUGAAUUUCACAAAUUAUAGUUCAUUUGGAUUUUAUCAACGAAGACGAAAUUGAUCGGGCAAA